ACAGGGUUUGUUUGAACGUUCCAAAAAGUGGAUGGUUAGGAGACUUCUGCAGAACGGCGUGAAGUCAACGUUCCGUCGCUUCACUGCGCCGACACUUUACUGUAGAUAUGGAAGGAGAUGAAUAACUUAUAGUGAGACGUAAACCUUACUAUAACCAGAUACCAUCUGACUGCUGUGUCCGUUGGAACAACUCUGUCAUUGGGGAAUCAUCAUAUCCAUUCGGACAUGGGUUUCUUUUGCUUUGGAAUUCCUGAUCUGUUCUUGCUCUUGACAUGAUAUCCACGGCAGAUUGUUUUUUAACCAUGUCUUUUUUAAUUCAUUUGGCAAUCUGCUAAACUUUGGGGAGAGCUUAAAAUAUUCUGUCUGUCGAUCACUUUGCUUUGGAUACUGCGAGCUAUGUUGCCAAGAUGUUACAAGAGACCAAUGUUUCGUCCUUUAUUCUGCAAACAAUCCUAACGCUCUUAUCGCAAACAAAUGUAAAAGUACAAUGAUACAUUUAUACUGAAACCAAGGGACUAUUCAUAGGACGGAGGAGAAUGGCUUCGAAGGAAAGGUUGAAUGAGCUGUGGAUUUUAUAUUACACCAAGAAAGAUGUGGGCUGCCUGCAGCAGUGGCUGGAGGCGUUUGUGGCUUCCUUUGAGAAGCUUGUUGAUGUGCAGUCACUGGAGCCUCGCAGGCUGGAGGACUAUAUUGCGGAGGUUCCCCUCGUACCCAGGGACGUACUGGUGCUCUUCAGUGACCAGCUAUGGCACAGUGCCCUGCACCUCUCUGGGGGCGACAGUAACAACAGCACCCUGCACCUCUCUGGGGGUGACAGUACCAACAGCACCCUGCACCUCUCUGGGGGCGACAGUACCAACAGCACCCUGCACCUCUCUGGGGGCGACAGUAACAACAGCACCCUGCACCUCUCUGGGGGCGACAGUACCAACAGCACCCUGCACCUCUCUGGGGGCGACAGUACCAACAGCACCCUGCACCUCUCUGGGGGCGACAGUAACAACGGCACCCUGCACCUCUCUGGGGGUGACAGUAACAACAGCACCCUGCACCACACUGGGGGUGACAGUAACAACAGCACCCUGCACCUCUCUGAGGGUGACAGUAACAACAGCGCCCUGCACCUCUCUGGGGGCGACAGUACCAACAGCACCCCACACCCCCUGCUGCUCAUCAAGUUCUUCAUCAUCGUCUGCAGGAAUAUGGAAAACAUUGACCAAGAGAAGACCCCAGGCUAUGUCUUCAAGACCAUUAAACUGUUAAACUUCUGCUUGACUCAGCUGAAGAAGCAGCCUGAGGAUCAGUCAUCCCUCCAGACAGUGAUUCAGCAUGGCCUGAUGCUGUUGGAGAGUCUCUUUGACCCCUACCAUACAUGGAGGAGACGCCUGGCAGGGGAGGAGGUGAGCAUGGUGGAGAGGAGCAAGUAUAAGUUCUCCCCUAUCCCCUUACCAGAGGAGCUGCCUGCUCUAUUCCAUGACAGCCUGCAGGACAGCCAGCAGAUCCCAGAGGUCCUCACUCUCCGAUUGGUCCAUCUCCAAGGGGCCGUCAUCAGUGGCAGCAAGAAGAACGGCCUGCUCUCCAUCACCCCCCAGUCUGUGGAGGACCUUCUCUCUGUACUCCGAGCCUGGUGCCUCCGGACCUCCUCUGACCCCAAGGACCCCAAAGACCCCAGGCUGCUACGGCUGACCCUGCAGUGCCUGACUGCAAUGGUGCAUAUCCUCCACUCCAGUAGUCCUGCAGAGCGCCUGCUGGAGAUCAGGACCGUGUUGGAUGGCUACUUCCAGGUCCUGAACUGGAACCGGCCUCCAGGGUUAGGGAACGAGCAGGAGGACGGGCCAGACUGGGAGGACCACCUCAUCACCCUCCAGAGUCACAUGCUGACUUCGGUGCCUGAGAUCUUGCAGUGUUCAGACAGGCCGGUGCUGCAGGCCAUCUUCCUCAACAACAACUGCUUCGAACACAUCCUCCGACUCAUCCAGAACAGCAAGCUCUAUCAGAGUAGCAGGUGUAGGUCGGAGCGUGAGGGUGUGUGUGACCUCACCACACGUUUGCUCACGGAUACAGAGGUGGAAGUGGACCAGGUUUUGGAGAAAGGUUCUGACUGCAUCACAGUCCAUGCCCUCGGAGUCCUCACAUCCAUCAUGAGUAACUCCCCUUCUGCCAAGGAGGUUUUCAAGGAGAGGAUUGGCUACUCCCAGCUGUUUGACGUGCUGAAGAGCCAGGGCCAGCCCACUAAACGCCUGCUGCAGGAGCUCAUGAACAUGGCGGUGGAAGGGGAACACGCCCACGCCCAUCACCUGGGUAUCAGUAACGACCAGCCCCUCCUCCUCCUCCUCCAGUGGUUGCCUGACCUGGCUCCCCAGAGGGACCUGCAGCUCCUGGUAGCCCAGUGGCUGGCUGCGGUCUGCGGGAGCUCCCUGUCCUGCCGCACGGUGGCCGUGGAGGCUGGCCUGGUGGGGGCUGUGCUCCAUGUCCUCUCCCAGCCACAGAGACUGGACCGCCAGUGUGCAGACGCCCUCCUGGGGCUGUUACAGGACCUGGGGUCUCUCUGUCUGAGGCCUGCUGAGCUGAAGAGUCUGUUGAGGCUGCUCCGACCCCCCGACCAGGGGCAGGACGUGUUGGCAGGAAAGGGGACCGGGACACACCCCUACUGCGCCCGCAUCAUCCGGGUUCUGGCAGCGAUGGCGGCCAGGGAGGGGAGCGAAAGCGCCCUUCAGUACUUUGACCUGACCCAUCCCCUGGCGGGGAUCAUGGUGCCCACGGUCCAGCGCUGGCCAGGCAGCGGGUUUUCCUUCCACGCCUGGCUCUGUCUCAACAUGGACUUCCCUCCAUUCCACUCAGAGUUCUCCACCCACAGCACCCGCUCGUCUACUGGGGCACCAGGGGCGGCGACCCGGGGUAUGGGCAAAGGCCCCCGCAGGAAACAGCUGUACAGCCUGUUGACAGCCAGUGGUACAGGUCUGGAGGCUUUCUUCACCUUGGAGGGAGUGCUGGUUGUGGCUGUCUGCACUAAGAAGGACUACAUGGCUGUGUCCCUUCCAGAACACCCUCUAUCGGACUGCUGCUGGCACUCUGUGGAUAUAGUCCACAUUCCCGGCCGCCGUCCCUUCGGUCAGAAUCUGGUCACCAUCUACAUCGAUGGAAAACAGUGCAAGACAGCCCAACUCCGCUUCCCCUCGCUCAACGAGCCUUUCACCUCCUGUUGUAUUGGCUCAGCAGGCCACCGCACCACCACCACCACCACGUCCCCACCCUGCCUCCCCUCCCUCCCCCUGGCAGAGAUGGUCUUCCCCGCCCACGCCCCCCCCAUCACCCGCUCCCAGUCCUUCCCAGCCUCCUUUGCGGCGGGCCGCUGGGGGCCUGGGCCCGGGCCUCUGCAUGACGCUCCCGUCCACACCAUCCCAGCCGGGCUGCAGGACACGGAGUGGGGCACGCCCACCUCACUGGACGGGCUCCUGGGGACCGCCUUCAUCUGUCAUGAGGCCCUGCAGCCAGCGCACACCAAGGCCUUAUACACUGCUGGCCCCAACCAUGUGUCCCUGUUCAAGGCGGAUGGAGAGCUGUCAGACCUCAACAGUAAACUGCUUCUCUACUACACUCCUCAGGCCUUCAAGAGUCAGAUCUGUGUGGACCUGUCUCCUAACCUCCAGUAUGAUGGCAGACUGACAGGCCACAGGGUGGUGAACUGGGACAUCAAGGAUGUGUUGAACACGGUGGGGGGCAUGGGGGUGCUGCUGCCCCUCCUGGAACAGGUGUGUGAGGCAGAGCAGGCGGAGGGAGGAGGUCAGGAGACAUCAGACCUGCUGGGACCAGAACUAACCUCUAGCUCCUCCCGGGGGCCUGUCGACAUGCUGCUGCCACUGGGCAGGUCCUCCGAUGGUCGGCUGGAGAGGAACAGUGUAGCAGCCUUCCUGCUGAUGGUGAAGAAUCUGAUUCGUCAUCACCCUGUCAACCAGGAGAGCCUACUGAACUGCCACGGACCCAGCAUUAUAGGAGCCAUGCUCACUAAGGUCCCAGGCUGUAUGAUCGAUAUGUCUGUACUGAUGGCGUGUCAGUUCCUGUUUGAGCAGGUCUCCAGUGAGGACAACAGUCCGUUGCUCCUGCUGCUCUACCAGCACCUGUUGUUCGACUUCCGCAUCUGGAGCAGCAGCCACUUCGCUGUGUGUCUGGGCCAUGUCCAGUACCUGUCAUUUGUGAUCAAGGCCGGGAAUCAGCGCAUGAGGAAGAAGUAUGGAGUACAGUACAUCCUGGAUACCAUACGGACACACUACAGUGUGGAGAAAGAUGGCAGUCCUCUGUCUGAUGAAAAGCAGACUGUUCAGAUCUCUCUGUUCUCUCUGCUGAGAGACGUCCUCCUCAAGUCUCCUACUCCUGAAGAGCUCCACAGCAUCUUGGCCUACACCCUGACUAUAGGAGAGGAGCAGCAGGUGGUGAGUGCGUUAGAUGUGGUUUACAGUCUGUUGAAGAACACCCCUCCCAGAGAGCAGGUCCAGGCUGUGCUGUUGGAGUGGGGAGUAGAGCAGCUCUACUGUCUGCUGCUCAAAGACACAUUUGGAGACGAGGCCAGGGAGAGAGUCUUCAGGGUUCUGUUCAAGAUCCUGAAGAGUGAGCGAGUGUCUGAGCGCGCCAAGCAACGUGUCAAGUUGAAGGAUUUUGGAUACCUGGGUCUUGUCUGUUUCCUAGGAGACGCCCCCGUAACCAUGACCACCGUGCGCUGUCUGUACGAGCAGGUCCUCGCUACAGAUGCCACUCCUAACUUCAGAGACCUGCUGGCUGUGGUUUAUCUGUCCCACCGUGCUGAGCUCACUGUCCGUCUGGACGUCUGUCGCAAGCUCUUCAACCUGAUCUACAACAGUGAGGACUGUGUUCGUCAGCUGGCCCGUCAGCCAGGCUGGCAGGGUAUGUUAACUAAGCUCUAUAUGAAGUCCUAUGAGUCCCGUGGUGCCUCCCUGGCCGGCUCCAGCACCCACAGCUCCCUGGACCCCUCCUCCUCCUCCUCCCGCCCCCCUCUCAGGAGAGACCACAACAUGGUCAUAGAAGACUCCCAGGACGCUCGCACAGACGUCUUCCUCCCUUACACCUCGCCGGAGGAGGAAGAGGAGGAGGGGGGAGAUGGCGAGGGCCUGGGAGGGAGGAAUAUCUCAGAGGGUUUCUCCGACUUCUCUCAGUCUUCCCCUAACAGCAGUGGAGGCACGUUGAAGGACUUUGACUCGGUGGAGCAGGGGAGCCGCUCGUCCUCCUUGUCCAACACCGUGGACAUCCCCUCCACUCGGCUCCAAGGGGAGGCCCCCUACCACCCUCUGUCCCCGUUCGGCACCUCUCCCUUUGAGCUGGAGCUGGGGGGUAUGAGGGGCGAGACUGGGACAGGGAACCACACCCCUGCGGGGGGUAGUCAGGCAGACACCCCCUCCCCCCUGGAGCACAGCCGGCCGUUCCCCUCUCUGAGACCCAGGAAGAGCUCCAGUCUGUCCAACGUGCUGGACGACACCAACUAUGGAACUGACCCCCAGGCAGCUGACACCAUCUCCAACACCUCCAACCCACAGCAGACACCAGAGGAGGAGCUGUGUAACCUGCUGACUAACAUGGUGUUCUCUGUGAUGUGGAGAGGCAGUGGGGCGGAGGGGGGGGGGGACGCCGUGUGGCGGGAGAGGGGACAGGUCUUCUCUGUCCUCACCAAGCUGGGCUCCUCCUGCCAACUGGUCCGCCCGCCUGACGAUAUCAAAUGCAGUCUGUUAGAGAUGAUGCUGGAGUCUUCUCUGUCAGACCUGAGGGACUCCCAGGGUGUGUUUCUGCCAUUCUUCCCCAGUCUGCUCCGCCUUCUCAGGCUGCUCCAGGACUUCCUCUUCUCAGAGGGAACAGACAACCAGGCACUGUGGAGCGAGAAGAUCUUUGAGGGGGUGGUGAAUCUGCUGGACCGACUACAGGCCUGGCACAGCACCCCUGUUACCCCCGGGGUUGUGGAACUCAGAGAGAUGGCUCAGAUCGGCCUGCGCAUCAUCACCGGCUACAUCCAGCAACAGGACUCACAGGUGUCUGUAAUGGCCUGCGUUAAACUCCACAGCCUCCUGCAGACAGUUCUGUCUCUGGGCUGGGAAGAGGUGUGCUUCCUGCUGGGGCGACUAGGUGCCCCCCUGUGGCCCGGCGGGGUAAUGGAGGCGGGCCCCAACGGAGGGCACACAGAGACUUUUUCUCAGCUGGUGCCCAUUGUGCGUACCCUCCUGGACCAACACGCUGACCCCGUGACCCUGCACGGCCUGCUGCCCAGCCUGCCAGUCACCAACGGCAGCUCCACCUUCGCCCAGGACCUCCAGAGCUACUGCCAUACAGUAGAGUGGUUAGACUUCUACCAACGCCACGUGCAGCCCACCAUGGAGCAGUAUGAACUGGAUACGUUUGGCAAGAGUCAUGACCUCAUGUCUAACUUCUGGAACUCAUGCUUUGAUGACCUGAUGAGCACUGCCAUACAGCGGGACAAAGAGCGGGCCUACAGCAAAGACAAGUUCCAGGAGGUGAUAUUGGACCCGUACCUGAGGCGGGUACGCAGUGAAAACAGCCGUUACCACAGUGGUCAGAAACAGAGCUCCGGCCAGCAGGGGGUGGUGUGGCGCCACUGGAAGUCCCUCCGCAGGCUGCUCACAAGCGAGAGAGGGGCCUGGGCACACAGAGUGCCACUAGAGGUGAAAUGGAAGUUGUCCAGUGCGGAGACGUAUUCUAAGAUGCGUCUGAAACUUGUGCCCAACUACCACUAUGACGCUCACCUGGAAGCCAGCGCCUCCAGAGACAAUAUGGGAGCUGAUAGCCCUCGCAGUUCAGAACCCCUCCCAUUGGCUGUUGCCAAGGAGGCCAAAGUGAGUGACAUGGAGGACGACCAGUUAGGAGAAGAGGACAUUGUCUUUCUGGACAACAAGGUGGAGGGGGAGGACGACAGUCAGAAGGAGAAGCUGGUUCUGUCGGAGGACUGUGAGCUCAUCACCAUCGUGGCAGUGGUUCCGGGUCGUCUGGAGGUCACCACACAUCACCUCUACUUCUACGACGCCAGCAGUGAGAAGGAGGAGACGGAAGAGGGAAUUGGGUUUGAUUUCAAGCGGCCCCUGUCUCAGCUGAGAGAGGUGCACCUGAGACGAUACAACCUGCGUCGCUCUGCUGUGGAGAUGUUCUUCAUCGACCAGUCACACUACUUCAUCAACUUCAAGAAGAAGGUGAGGAACAUGGUGUACUCUAGGAUCCUGGGGCUGCGGCCCCCCAACCUCUUCUAUUUCGGCUCCCGCUCUCCUCAGGAGCUCCUCAAGGCUUCUGGACUCACACAGAGAUGGGUAUGCAGAGAGAUUUCCAACUUUGAAUAUCUGAUGCAACUGAACACCAUCUCUGGACGUACCUACAACGACCUGUCUCAGUACCCUGUGUUCCCAUGGGUGCUGAGUGACUACACCUCUCCAGUUCUGGACCUGGAGGACCCAGCCGUGUUCAGAGACCUGUCUAAACCCGUCGGAGUAGUCAACUCCCGCCACGCACAGAACGUCAGGGAGAAGUAUGAGAGCUUUGAGGACUCAACCGGCACGAUAGAUAAGUUCCACUAUGGAACACACUACUCUAACGCAGCAGGAGUCAUGCACUACAUGAUCCGAAUGGAACCCUUCACCACCCUCCACAUCCAGCUGCAGAGCGGCAGGUUUGACUGUGCAGACCGUCAGUUCCACUCUGUAGCAGCAGCCUGGCAGGCUCGCAUGGAGAGCCCCGCUGACGUCAAAGAGCUCAUCCCUGAGUUCUUCUACUUUCCAGAGUUCCUGCAGAACAUCAACGGGUUUGACCUGGGCAGUCUGCAGAUGACCCAGGACAAUGUGACUGAUGUUCUGUUACCACAAUGGGCCUUGUCUAGAGAAGACUUCAUCAGGAAACACAGGAAGGCUCUGGAGUGUGAGCAUGUGUCCUCUCACCUCCAUGAGUGGAUUGACCUGAUCUUUGGCUGCAAGCAGAGAGGGGAGAAGGCUGUGGAGGCUCUCAAUGUCUUCUACUACUGUACCUAUGAAGGUGCGGUGGAUCUGGACGCCAUAGCCAAUGAGACGGAGCGCAAGGCCCUGGAGGGCAUCAUCAGUAACUUUGGACAGACGCCCUGUCAACUACUCAAGGAGCCACACCCCCCUCGUAUGUCAUCAGAGAGUGCCUCUAGGAGGCAGGCCCGCAUGGACACUCUACCCCCCAACCUGUUUGAACAGCUCGACAAACUACGCCCUUUUAUGGAGGUGGUGUGUGAUGGGCGGCCUCUGGUCCAGGCGGUGGUUCCCAGGAACCAGAACCGCUCCUUUAUCAUCCAGGGCUCUGACGUACUGGUGACAGUGAGUUCUAACGGUCUGAUUGGGACCCACAGCUGGCUGCCUUACGAUAAGAACAUCGCCAACUACUUUACCUUCACCAAGGACCCCACCGUGGCCAAUCCCAAAACCCAGCGGUUCCUGAGCGGUCUCUUAUUCCCAGGGGUAGAGCUCAGUACAAAGGUGUUGGUGGUGUCUAACGAUGGCCGUCUGCUGUUCAGCGGAGGACACUGGGACUGCAGCCUCCGAGUCACCCAGCUGGGAAAGGGCAAACUGGUGGGCAAGAUCUGCCGACACAUCGAUGUGGUGACUUGUCUGGCUCUGGACCUCUGUGGUAUCUACCUCAUCUCUGGUUCCAGGGACACAUCCUGUAUCGUGUGGCAGGUUCUGCAGCAGGGUGGGUUCUCCAGUGGUCUCUCUCCUCGUCCAGUGCAGGUCCUCUGUGGACACGACCAGGAGGUCACCUGUGUGGCAAUCAGCACCGAGCUGGACAUGGCUGUCUCUGGGUCAAAGGAUGGUACUCUGAUAAUCCACAGUGUACGUCGUGGCCAGUUCCUUCGUACCCUGCGUCCACCCGGUGAGAGCUGCCUGCCUGCCCGGGUCACUGAGCUGCAGGUGGGCAUGGAGGGGCACAUCGUGGCACAGACCGCCCUGGAGGGACUCACUGCUGGGAAGGAGAAGUACUCCCUCCAUGUUUACUCUGUGAACGGCUGUCUGCUGUCGUCUGUCAGCCUGGAGGAACAGGUGACAGUUCUCUACCUGGUCCCUGAUUACAUCAUCCUGGGAACCCAGCAGGGAAACCUACACAUCAGACACCUGCACAGUCUGGUGCUGGCUGUGUCUCCCCUGGCGUUGAAGGUGGCUGUGAGGAGUGUGUCGGUGACCAAAGAGAGCAGCCACAUCCUGGUGGGCCUGGAGGAUGGAAAGCUCAUCGUGGUGGGGGCCGGGAAACCAGAGGAGGUGCGCUCGGGUCAGUUCUCCCGUCGGCUGUGGGGCUCAACACGCAGGAUCUCUCAGGUUUCCUCAGGAGAGACAGAAUACAACCCCACUGAUACUUCUGGGAAGUGAGGGUCGCCAUGAAAACAUACAGAAGGCAAUAUUAUCGUAGCAUAUUAGGUUCUCCCGAGGCUUGGUUGAUGGCUGGCACCCAAUUCCUAUAUAGUGCCUAUUGGGUUCUGGUCAAAAGUAGUGCACUAUAUAGGGAAUAGGUUGCCACUUGGGACACAGACCUUUUUUUUAUCCGCCCCCAGUGGAUUUGCUGGAUCAGAAUGAAGGGAGUAGAGACCCUGGAUGUUGGUGUCAGAAAGCCCACCCAGAACUUUACUGGACUGACUGACCGUUAAAUGGACUGUAAUCUCCAGCCUCCCCAACCUCUAUGGGUCCAAACCUCUAUGGGUUCAAGCCACUGAGCUCUCCGAGAGACACACGAUUAAACCAAGGCUUUUGUUUUUCUACACAAGGGAAAAUAAAGUAUUUCUUUAUUUAGGUGGUUUUAUACUCUGUUUUUAAAAAGGCAUCAUUCCAAAGAUUACUCGUGUUUUGUAGACAAGAGAGGAGACCUUGUUUUAUGUGGUUCCCGACCCCUUUUACUGGGUUGUUCCAAGGCCAGUUGUGUGGAAAUGGCACCUUGUCUAAAAGUCCUAGAAACUUGAAAACUAUAAACGUUGCAAGAGAUUCCCAUGGUGAAGUACCAGUGGAUCCCACUAGAGGGCCGGAUUUCUCUCUCUACAUGUGUGCUGGAAAUAGGAAACAUUAACUGUUUGGAACGGUCCAGACCAGUUUUCCCCAACCCUGGUCCUCGAGUACCCCCAACAGUACAAAUGUUUAUUGUAACCUUGGA